GAUCCACGGAAGCUUCCGGCUCCCGCGACCAGACUGAGCGGACGCGUACCAGCCCGCAGGGCCGGGCUACCCUGUUUCAGUGCAGGCUUUGCGGGCCCCCACGCACGCACAUGGGGUCUGGGCAAGGACCGAGUGCCGGGAGCUUUCUGUCCCCUUUCACCUCCCGGACUCCCGGCAGCGCCGAGCGUGGCGCGCGCCGCCUGAGGACGUCGGCCGGGCCUGCCCAGCGCCGGCCAAUCCCGAGCGUCUAUGCAAAUGAGGCUCCUUAUCGGGCCACGACUCCGCCUCCCACGGCCCAGGCCGUAGUAACCCAUUCAUGGGGCAGGCGCGAGGCUGCAGCCCGGCUCCGCAGCGCUCGCAGCCGCCGCCUCCUCUCCGCUCCGGGUCUUCCCCUUCCUUUUACAACUGAUCCUGUUGGGGAUUUUUUUUUUUUUUUCUAAAUUGGAUCGGUGGGGAGGAGCAGGGAGGGGGGUGGGGGACCUGGAGGAAGGGGAGAGAUUAGGCAGCCAUCAAUCUCCUCCUGUUUCUCCCAGAACAGGUGAUGCUUCAAAAUUGUGAUCACUUUCUGGAGGCAGCGCUGCCACUGGAAGGAUGCGAGCGACCUAGGGCGGAGGGCCUGAGGCGGCAGAUCUGAACUUGCGAAGGACAGAACCCAAACUUUAACUACAUCUGUCCGCACCUCACGCGUGGAAGCAAAGGACGGGUUAUCUCCACCCCACCCCCCCAAGAGAGACUCAAACUUCGGCACUUGAUCCCUUUUCUUGGAUUGGUUUGGAGGAGACGGUUUGGUGACAACGUUGGGAACAGUGAGGACAGCGUUGUAACUCAUUUUUAAAGCGACAGUAGAUCAGACUUUUUAAAUGUUUGGCAUCCAAGAUACUUUAGGAAGAGGACCAGCUCUGAAAGAGAAAUCGCUGGGCGCCGAGAUGGAUUCGGUCAGGUCCUGGGUCCGGAAUGUCGGCGUGGUGGACGCCAAUGUCGCGGCGCAGAGCGGAGUAGCCCUGUCCCGGGCCCACUUUGAGAAGCAGCCUCCCUCCAACUUGAGGAAAUCCAACUUCUUUCACUUCGUCCUGGCGCUCUACGACAGGCAGGGGCAGCCGGUGGAGAUUGAGCGCACUGCCUUCGUAGACUUUGUGGAGAACGACAAAGAACAAGGCAACGAGAAGACCAACAACGGCACCCAUUACAAGUUACAGCUCCUCUACAGCAACGGUGUCCGCACGGAGCAGGACCUGUACGUCAGGCUCAUCGACUCGGUCACCAAGCAGGUGAGCCUGGCGGUCACUCGGCUCCUCCUCUCCCCCUCCAAUCUCCCCUCUCCCUCGUCCAGCCUGUCCCUGACCUGCCCUCACCCUCCACGAUUUCCUGGGUCAGUCUUCACAAAGCCUCCGCAUCAACCCGCACCUGGUCUACUCUGGAAAAAAAACAUCGCCCUCCCCACUGUUCUCAAUUAUCCGGGUUGGGGAGACGCUGGGGGUCGAGGGUAGUCGAGCAGAGGGAUGA